AUGCAGACACCAGAUCAUAAUAGUAGAAAGCCAACGGCCUCCAUAGCAUCGUCACUUCCACCAUACACUGCUUUCGAUACCUCAUCAUCAUCAGCAACAUCAAAUCCGUCAACCACGCCAUUCUCACACAUGUCGAGUAGCAAUCAGCAGCUACCUUCCAUGACACCACGUCCAGCACUCUCCUGGUAUCACGUAAUCCACGGCGAAAUCGUAGCAGUCACAAGCGAAAUGAGAAAGAACCAACGUUGGAGCAUCAUAGCUACGUCAAAUGCUUCGGCCACUUCCAACAAUGGAGGCUCAAUGAAGGCCCUUCAUGACGACGAGGAACAGCGUCCCAUGUCGAUAUUCGAUUACUGGAAGGACGCUCCUGCUCAUGGAGGACCUACUAUGGAUGCCAUGAUGGAGUUUGUGCAGUCGAGUGGACGUAAUGAGCUGCUAGGAGCUAGUCAGGAACACCCUCUGUUACAAAUGUUCUCGCAACUGAAAGCGCGUUUAGCCUCUGUGCAUGAACUUCAGGAGCUGGAUCCUCGAGACAUUCUCAGUCCAUUCUUGGCAGUCAUUCGAAGUGGAGAUGCUACUGGUCCUAUAACGGGCGCUGCACUCAACUCAUUGGAAAAAUUCAUUACAUAUGGAAUCCUAGAUCCCAAAAGCCCUCAUCUACCAUCCGCCAUGUCGUCAUUAGCCCAUGCUGUGACCCACUGCAAAUUCGAAGCCACUGAUGCCGUGUCAGACGAAGUGGUGUUGGAUAGGAUCCUUAGAUUGCUGAGAGUCUGUGUCGUCUCUGAAGCUGGUUUGAAUGCUCUUGACGACAAGGGCAUAUGUGAGAUGAUUGAAGCAGCGUUUGGAAUGUGCUUCCAAGGUCGUGUCAGUGAGCUUUUGAGGAGAGCUGCUGAGCAGACCCUGGUCGUGAUUGUACAGGCAUUGUUUGAGAGGCUGAAAGUUAUCAUCUUGGAUCGGCCUACUCCGGAGCAACAACGAGCAGCAAUAGCCCGAGCUAGCGUAGCAAGUCCUCCACCAGAAGUAGAACCAACCAAUGAAACCCCUUUCGCACCAUAUGGCUUACCUGCGAUUUUAGAACUAUUACGGGUUCUGACGACGCUCGUAGACCCUCGUAAUCGCGCUCAUACAGAUUCAGUACAUCGAGCUGUCGCUUUAGGCCUGCUUGCUACAGCAUUUGAAGUUGGUGGUCGUGCAAUAGGAGUAUGGGUUGGUCGUGGUGUUCGUGUAGCUGCUAGAUGGCAAGGUCGUCCGGAAGCUGCUUCUCAUAGGAGGCAGCCUUCUACUGAUAUGGUCAGGAUUGCUAUGGAAGCAGGUCGCUCCGUGAUCAAUGUAGGAGCAGGAGCUAGCGGAGGUCCCAUAGAGACUCCAUCAACUGCCAGUGCAGAAAAUGGAGAGCCAUCGACUUCUUCUUCUGCUGAAAGAAGAGCAAGCAAUGUCCGUGGAAUUGCUACUGUGGACAUUGGUCGAGAGGUCGAACCAGGUUUGGUUGAUAUUGGUGCACCCGUCACAGUAAUAGAACAUGUAAACCCACAUCCAAUAGCACCCACAUCACCAAACUCACCGCCUGCUGAGGAUGCUACGUUUCCAGGUCACGAUUCGGGUGACGCUGACCAGCUGUUUGAUUCCGAAGACGAGAGAUUGGCAGUAUCAGCCAAAGAAUUGAUUACCGACGACUUGUGCCGAUUCUUAUUCCAGCUGUUACUCUCCACGAAUAUGACCAUAACAUCGCCACCAUCAGUAGCUGCUUUGACGCUGCUAUCUCUAGUAUUACGAGUUAUUUCAUCGAUGCUAGUCGCCUCACGAGAGCAUUUAAGAUUGCAACAAGAAUGGUUUCUCGAAUGGGUUAUGGCACGCGUUGAUGGUGGUGUCGUUGGGUGGGACGUGGGAGACUGGCAGACAGAGCUUCUGAAUGACUCGUCUGAUACAACGGAAAAGAGUAGUAUCAAUGGUUAUGACGGUAAAUCGCUAGUAGCUGCUAAAUCGAAUGGUACAGCUACUUCAAAGGUUACCAGCCCAUUGCUGGUUGGAGAAGUUAGAGAGCUCUUGUUGGAAUCGAUUGGUCAACUGGCACGUCAACCAACCUUCUUUUCCGACUUGUAUGUAAACUAUGACGGAAACAUGUCCAGCAGGAUGAGUCUUUACGAAGAGAGUAUUCGCUUCCUCUCCAAGCACUCAUUCCCCGAUGGGACACCUGGUGGUCCAGCAACAACAAGCACACAUCAAGCUUUAGCUCUCGAAAGUUUGUACCUGUUUCUACAUCAUUUGGUAGACAGGCGGUAUAUGUCUUCCGCGAAUGGUAAUCAGACUUUCUUGUCUGACACUUCGUCUAUAAAAUCUAAGUUACCAACUGCAAGAAGUCUAUUUAGUCAAAGGAAUAGUAAAAAGAUUUUGAUGGAUGGUGCACAAAGGUUUAACCAAGAUCCUAAAGAUGCCAUACGAUUCUUGCAAGAGCACAAGUUCCUACCAACACCUGCUGAACCUGAAUAUAUUGCUACAUUCUUGAAGUCUACGCCCGGUGUUAACAAGAAGCUGUUGGGUGAAUACUUUGGUAAACCAGCGAAUGUAGAAGUUCUCAAGGCCUUUGUCAAGCAGUUUGAAUUCAAAGGGUGUCGUAUUGAUGAAGCGUUACGGUUUAUGCUCGAGAGCUUUCGACUGCCUGGAGAAGCUCAGCAGAUUGAACGAGUUAUGGAUAUAUUUGCGGAAACGUAUUUUGAAUGUGUAUCUGGUAUGAGUACAUACCUAGUUACUGUGAUGAUCAAUGGCUCAUCACCGUCUGUGCCAUUAGGAGCUGGAGAUCACGAGAUUGAGGAUCAAAGUGCCACGUUCGUUUUGGCAUAUUCAGUCAUCUUGUUGAAUACUGAUCAACAUAAUCCUCAAGUUCGGCGCCGAAUGACCUUUGAAGACUUUGUACGAAAUUCUCGCGGAAUCAAUAACGGAAAAAACUUUUCUCCAGACUAUCUCAAACUCAUAUAUGAAGCAAUCAAGACCACAGAAAUAGUCAUGCCUGAAGAGCAUGAAGGAGACUUAGGAUUCAAUUAUGCAUGGAAGGAGUUGAUGAAAAAGACUGAUAAGAUGGGUACCUUGAUUUCAUGCAAAACAAACAUUUAUGACCGUGACAUGAUUAUGCUGGAAUAUGGUCCUAUGGUGGCUGCUUUGGGAUAUGCACUUGACAAUGCGGAAGACGAUGUCGCAUUGCAACGAGCGGUGGCUGGAUUCCAUCAAUUAGCUCUUGUAGCAGCACAUUAUCACCUGUCAGAUGUAUUUGACAAUGUCAUCAUAUCAUUAUCACGAAUAACUGGUCUGCUAAAGGAUGGAGGCACUCUACCACCUCCACGAGACAUACGUCGAUUGAAUGGCUCGAAGAAUGCAUCAGAGGAUAGUGGAGAAGUCCAACUGAAGGUUGAUCGAUGGGCUGUUGAAUUCGGCAGGCAGUUUAGAGGACAGGUUGCUGCCGUCCUCAUGUUCAAUUUGGCUGCAGAGUCUGGUAGUUGUCUCAAGGAAGGAUGGAAGAGUAUUGCGGGUUGUUUAAGAAACCUCUUUUUGCAUUCCUUGCUACCACUGCCAAUGAUUCAAGCUGAGGAUUUCGUACGUGGUAAUAUCACCAUACCACGACUUAUACCGGUAAAAGAUCCAUCCGUACGACCACCUGCUCCCACAUCUCGACGAGAUGGUAUCUUGUCCACCUUUGCUCAGUUAUUGAGUCUUGGUUCUGGUCCUAAUAUAGAUGAGGAUGAAGAUGCAGAGCCUACGCCAGAGGAUAUUGACGCUGAACGAUGUACUUUAGAGUGCAUUCGAAGCUGUCGUGUGGAAGAUUUGUUUGCUGAUAGUCGGUAUUUGGAAGACGAAGCUCUAGUGUCUCUGGUGACGACACUGAUUGAAGCAUCCAAGUCAGAAAAAAUAUCGUCACUUCGUAAAUCUAGAUCUGCACCUUCAGAACCUGGUAGUCCACCAGGAGUAUCAUCAUCUUUAACACCAGCUGUUGUGAAAUAUCAUGCUGCUUCCAUCUUCUUUCUGGAAUUGUUAAUCAAGAUCUUGAUUCAGAAUCGAGAUCGAUUGUCUGUGGUUUGGCCAGUGACCUUGUCGUAUUUUACGUCAGUGCUGGAGGCUGCACCGCAAGGUCUUGAUCCUGUUAUGUUGGAGAGAAGUGUUGUUGGGUUGUUGAGAUUGGCUUGUCGAUUGGUCCAUAAGGAGGAUAUGGCUUCUACAGUCUUCCAAACAUUGGACUUGUUACGGUCUGUACCAGCUGAAUCUUUGUAUGGUGUUCUUGAUCAUACGACCGCUGGAUUGCUGGUUUUGAUUCAGACAGAUUAUUCUAUAUUCACUCGAUAUUCAAAAUGGGAGACAAUAUUAUCUCUUUUGACUAUGGCAUCCACACAUCCCGAAGCAUCAAAAUACGCAUUUGAAGCUGCAUCUGCUCUCAUACCUGAUACACCCGACAUUAUUUUGACACCACAGAACUUUGGUGAAUGCGUAGAUUUAUUGAUUGCUUUUGUUACCGCAGCAGGCAUAUAUGUGUCGAGUAAUAGUAAUAAUGGAGUGAUGGUGCCAAGUAGAAGUGGAAGUUCUAGUACUGUAUUCGUUGAUGAUAGGUCUAGUGCACCUAGUCCAAGGAAUGUGAAUGGAAAGAGAGGUGGUGAUGGUAAACAGCACGUGUCGGCUGCUAAUGCUCAAAAGACCCAAUUGAUACAAGAGUCUAUUGAUCGAGCCAUCAAAGCUUUGGACAAGCUGUAUAAAUUGCAUGCCAAGAUACCGAAGUUUGUUGAGAAGGCUCAAUGUAGUCCUGAGAGAGCCUGGUUUGAAUUCUGGCUUCCAGUGCUAUCAGGUCUCGGCCAAGAAUGUUAUCAUCCAUGUCGAGAAGUCCGCCAAUACGCAAUGACUCUACUACAACGAGCACUUCUCUCAUCGGAACUGGACAUUGGAGCAGGGCCAGAUCGAUGGACUAGAUGUUUCGACGACGUUUUGUUCCCUUUACUGGAUGAGUUACUCAAACCUGAAGUUGCGUCAUUGGAUUCUCCUGGUGUAGAUGAAACUCGCAUGCGAGCAUCUGCAUUACUGUGUAAAAUCUUUUUACAUUCGAUGCAACGAAUGUAUACCUCUAAAGGCCUGCCGAGUUUAUGGACUCGGCUGCUGCAAUAUUUGGGACAGUUUGCAACCGUGGGGUCUGAUUAUUUGCAUGAAGGUGUUUUGGAAUCGCUUAAAAAUAUGCUCCUUGUAAUGUCAACACAAGGAGUCUUCCAUCCCGAAGCUGAAAAGCCUGCAGAGGAGGAACAACAACAGCAGCCACCGUCAGAGCCAAUGGAACAAGCAGCAGAAACAGAGCAAGUACAACAACAGCCACAACCGCAACAGCAACAAGGACCAAUGUCGUGGACUGUAACUUGGCAAAUUGUUGGACAAUUUGAACCGAAUCUCAAGGAUGAAUUAUUUCCAACCAUGGUACCAUCAGAAUCGACUGGUAAUUUGACUCGUGGAGAUUCUGCCUUGAUACCGUCGCUUCAGUUGUGA